GAAUUAUUUUAAUAGUUCGUAUAAGUGUACAUAAAGUUCUCAAAUAAAAUUUUUAUUCGCUAUGAAUUUAAAAUAUAACAUUUCGUUAUGUUUUUUAUACCUUAUCGGUGUAAUAUUAAUGACAAAUGGACACUUAUUGCAAGCUGAUUCUACUUUAAAAUUUGCAGUUGUUAUUUUUCGGCAUGGAGACAGAGCACCAUUUUUUGAUUACAAGACAAACCCACAUAAAGACGCUUUCCCUGAAGGUCCAUUCCAAUUGACAAAAAUUGGAAAGCAACACAUGUAUAAAAAAGGGCAAAUAUUAAGGAAAUUAUAUGAUGGUUUCUUAUGUAAAUUAUACUUGGAUAGUGAAAUUUAUACAAAAACAACGACGGUUGCAAGAACUCACAUGACAGCUGCAAUGGUUUUAGCAGGACUUUAUCCGCCAACGAGCUACUUGAAAUGGUCAGAAAAUGAGACCGUGUGGACACCUAUACCUGUGUAUGGAGGAUCACCGGAUCGUGGUGACGGAAAAAUGGACGAUUGUCCUGCUUUUGAUUCAGUCCAAAAAGAGGCUCGAGAAGGCGCCCAAAGCUGUACUGACGAUGCGAUAGAUAAAAUGCUUCCAUAUUUUUCAGAAAAAUGCAAUCAAACUAUUGAUUACAAUAAUUUAUAUCUUUUAUAUGAUUUACUAAAAUGUCAAACAGCUGCCAAGUUAGAAUUACCAGAAUGGAUGACAUGGGGACAAUUUAAGAAAAUAGAAGAAUUUUACGAAAGAAAAGAUGUAAUUCAAUAUACAUUUGGAAACAAAAGACUUCAAAAUAUGUAUGCCGGUCCAUUAUUGAAAGAAAUUGCUAAAAAAAUCCAAGAAAAGUCGAAUGCUAAUGACAACAGUACUGAAAAUAGGAAAAUGCUUUUGUAUUCGGGCCAUGACUAUAGUUUAGGAUUUUCAGCUUCAGUUCUAGAUAACAUGAUGCCUAUCAAGAGUUUUGGUGGGUCAUUACAUUUUCAUUUACACUAUUCUAAAGGAAGUGUAGGAGAUGUUGUCAAGGUAUUUUAUUUUGAAAAUUGGAAUGAAGAUCAGGGAAUUCAGCUACCCUUAAAAAUUUGCGGAAACCCUUGCACAGUUGCUAAUUUUGUAAAAUUGAUUGAUUCAAAAUUACCGAAAACCUGGGAAGAAGACUGUAAUGAUGUAAAAUAACACUCUAAAUGCAAGAUUAGUUAUCUAUAAGUUGGAAAAAUUUAUUAGAAAAUAUUUAUUGUCAAUAUUAUUACUCAAAUCUAUAUAGAAAAGUCAAUAAAAAUAUUUUAUUAUCUUUAA